AUGCCCCGAUUCCUGUCCCACUUGGCUGCGCUCGUCGCCCCCCUCCCUCGUGUGCCCACCCUCGUGACCAAGCGGUUCUCGAGCAGCUUGUAUGUUCGUCUGUUUGGUGACGCACCUCUGGAAUCCCUCGCCGCAAGUCGCUCGUCCCCAGCAUCCGCUUCGGUUCCGUCGGUGAACGACGCCGCUUUGCUGAGCUCGAAUGCUACGAGAUCGUGAGUCCUCGCUCUGCUGAUGUCGAUUCGGGACGCGGCCUAUUCCUGCUCGAGUACUGAUCGUCCCUUCAAACUGCCCUCAUCGCCGUGACACAGUCCCUCUGGCAAGCGCUACGCCUCGUCCCUCUCGGUCCAGGCUCCCGGCGUCGCAGGUGCGCCUCGGCUGCCGUCCGCCCUCGCUGGCGUCCGCUCUGAUCGUCGUCGGGCCGCCUUCCACAUCAACCCCAUCGAGACCCCUUUGCGCGAUGACAUCGCUGCCACCACCCUCACCACCCCCAGCAUCCUCACCUCGUUUUUCGCCCCGGCCUCGGUCCCGUCCUCCACUGCUCGCCGGCCCGUGAUCUCGACGCCGUUCAUCCAGCACUCUCGCAGUGCCGCCACCGUUGCCGUCACCCUCACCUCGCCCGCGGCCUCGUCGAUCCCCUUCCCCCGCACGCCGACUCGCGCCUCGAGAAACCCCACCGUCGUCCUCUCUGGCCCCCCUCUUCGCUCCCCCCUCGCUCGACCCCGCAAGACCAAGACGGCCUCCAGGGUCGCGAUCCUCCCCAGCAUCAGGGACGAGAUCGAGCAAGAGGAGCCCAAGGAACCCGAGUGCGAAGACCUGACCGCCACCGACCCACGCUUCGUCGACUUGCGCUCCCUCACCCGCCCUCGCCAAAAGCUCCGUGCUUGGCGUCGCAAGGUCGACAAUGGUCGUUGGCUCACGCUCCUCGCGCUCGAGAACGCGAACAUCGCUCGCAAGGCCGCCGUCGCCGAAGCGCGGGCGAAGGCCCAGGCCGUACUCGAGCAAGACCGACGACCCUUUCUCGAGAAUGACGACGACGACGACGACACGAGCUAUUUCGCUCAAUUGCCUACUUGGAAUGAUGCGAGGCCGUAA